AUGGAAAUCCUUGGUGGAAAGUUGGCACGGAAUGGAAAGCGUUAUAACGAGUAUUGCGCCGAGCAGAUGAGCAAACGUCUUCAGUCUACUGACGUGAACGAUCCUGGUUGCCAUAAAAAGGAUCUAAUGCAUUAUUUAAUCGAUGCAAAGGAUCCAGAGACUGGUCAGGGGCUUACACGUGCCGAACUCGCCGCUGAGUCAAAUCUUUUGGUAGCAGCAGGAUCUGAUACAACAUCUACGGCCCUAUCUGGCGCUAUCUUCUACCUUAUUCACAAUCCGGAAUGCUUAGAGAAAACAAAGACUGAGAUUCAAUCCACCUUCAGUGCCGUCGAAGAAAUCCGAGGUGGCAGCAAGCUCAAUAGCCUUACCUACUUGCGGGCAGUUAUUGAUGAAACCCUGAGACUUAGUCCCUCGAUACCAAGCAAUUUGAUGGUAGAAGUAUUACCGGGAGGGAUCACUAUCGAGGGAAAUUACAUCGCUGAAGGGAUGACGCUUGGUGUCUCACCGUAUGUCCUUCAUCACAACACACAAUAUUUUCAGGAUCCUUUUGUUUUUCGGCCUGAACGGUGGGCUGGAACUGACAAAUCAUGCUUGGUGGUCUCCGAGCACAAUAAAAGCACGAUUGAAGACGCUGCCAAUGCACGGUAUGCCUUUUUCGCAUUUAGUGCAGGCUCCCGAGGCUGCUUGGGAAAGAAUUUAGCUUAUUUGGAACUCAUGAUGACACUCGCAACACUCAUCUUCAAGUUUGAUAUGCGGAGUCCUCCAGAUGAUGACGGGCAAAACGAUACUGGAACAACUUAUAGAAGGCAUCCAGGUCGAUGUAGAAAAGACGAAUACCAGUUAAAGGACCAUUUUGUGCCGGAGAAGCAAGGGCCAAUGGUCCAGCUCAGGGAGAGGGCCUAUAAGAUUCAGCCUGCGAAUGGUGUCUGA